GACGAAGCGAAGCUGUAAUUUGAGAGUCGGGAAAGGGUAUCAUCAGCCAAAACCAAAAGCGGUGCUUGAGAAAAAAAGUUCAGAUGUUGAAAUUGAGGCACAAAGUUAAGUUGGGCACAUUUCUUCUUGUCGUGAAAGCCGUCUACUCUGCUAAGCAAAAUUUACUGGAUUUGGUGUUUGAAACUGAAAUAACGUAACUUCAUUUGUGUCACAUUUAAGUGAACAUUGCAUUACAACUACUAGCAACGGGCUAUAUACUCGUAAAUUUCCGCAACUAUUUUUAGCUGUGAAAUGUUCAUUGCGAGGACAACUUAAUUAUAGGCUACCGCUCAUCUAAGGAAGGACGAUUUAGUAACCUUUUUCUCAGCAAAGCAAACGAGAAUGGCUUUUUUCCAUAUAGUACUUGCUGGGAUGUUAUCGUUGUCGCUGUGCGGUGCGUUUUUUAAUGGACCUCUGUAUCCGGAGAUGUCAAAUGGCACUUUUCAUCAUUACUUUGUACCAGAUGGCGACUAUGAGGACAACGACGACCCAGAAAAAUGUCAAAUGCUAUUUAAAAUGACAGAUGAGCGUAAAUGCGGUCUUGACGAGGACCAGGAUUCAGUCAUCCGGGAUGAUUUCACGAUAAUCAAGAGGCACAUCGAAGACUCAGCCAGAGUGCUCGAGGGAAUUGGGAAAAGCAUCUCGUAUGAUUUGGAUGGAGAAGACAGCUAUGGUAAAUAUUUGAGACGGGAGACAACUCAGAUAAGUGAGGCAUUUACAAAUUCCGAAAAAUCGCUUUUAGAACUGGAAGUGAAAUUCAAACAGAGUCAGGAGAAUGAGUUGAAGGAGGAGCAUCGCAUAAAUGACGACUUUCUGAACAUGAUUGUCCACACGAGGGACGUGCUAAAAGGGACACUGGAUAUUUCCAUGGGAUUAAAAGACAAGCACGAGCUGCUGUCCCUUAUUGUUCGAAGUCACGGCACCCGACUGAGUCGACUGAAAAAUGAAUACAUGAAAGUGUAAAAAAGUGCUUCUUUGUGUUUUUACAACUACCACAAAAAAGUUUGCCUUCGAUUUUGCUAGUGUUGUGACGUCAACGGGGAAAAAAAAGUAUUAUUUAUGAUCUCUAUAUUGCCUAUAUCUAGCAGGUCUGAUCAUGCCAAUUUGAUAAACCCCUCUAUAAAUCCAUUGCUUACUAUUAUGGCCAAUCCUUUGUAAAUUGUUCACUCUACAUAUAAUUUAAAAAAUCGAAUGUUUUCCCAAGAACAAAUGUUUGACGUAAAUCGUGAUGAUGUAUGGGCAACAUGUGUGUUGUUUGGCCUGCACUAGCUGAAUGUUACCACAAAAAACAAAACAGCUAUGGCAGCAUACAUUUCUGAUUUAUAUAUGUGUGAGUUUUACAGCUUACAGUAUUGAAAGUGUCUGGAUUUGGAAAGAUGUUUAUGUCUUCUGAUCAAGAUGAUAACUAUUAAACUUGUUUAUGCCCUAUGAUACGAGACUUAAAGGCCUAAUGAUUUGCAAAAAUCAUUGAUAAGGGUUGUACUACGGUUAGGUAAAGGCAUUAACACUUUGGUAAUUAUACUGUACAGUGCAUAAUGAGAAUACUGUGAGUGUCAAUAUUUUGUGGAAAAACCUACAUAACUGUAUUUACUCAGUAUACAAUAUUUUGUUUUGAUGUAUAUCUAUAUUCCUUUUAUCCACUCAAAUGUGUAUAUAAAUGGCAAAAGGUAUGAGAUACUUAAAGACUGCAGGCAGCACUCAUGGACUUCAGACACGUGUGUGUGUGGUGACAUUCCUGGGAGAUUGUGUCUGACAUUAUAUUAAUAUUUGUUUUGGGAAUGAAGUUAUAUGGGACACUUUCCUAUAAAUGUAUAUUUGUGCUGGCAUAGAUAUUGAUGUGCACAGCUUUUUAGGUGAAUGGUUUUUCAUACACCAUACAGUGUGGGGCUUCCAGGGAAGACUUCAAAGUGUCUUUGUACAUUCGCCUAAAGAGUUUUACUGCAAGGCUUUGUAAUAAAACUUUUGUGAGUAAA